GCAACAAAAAAUGAAAAAUAUUAAUAACGAUGCCCUUAAAUAUUGUCAUUCAUUGGUCGUGGCGAUACAAAUAGGUAUAAAUGAAAGAUUUGAUACUAUGUUUGAAAAAAGGGAAUUAAUAAUUGCCAGCUGUUUGCACCCCAAAUUCAAAUUGAAUUGGUUAAACGGAAAUGAUCGAAAAAAUGCAGAACAUUAUCUACUAGAUUUAUUAGGAAUCCAUUCAAAUGAAAGUUCUGUAAACUAUGAUAAUGACAUCGAGGAUGACGACUUUUUUAUGUUUAAUAAACAAACGAUACAUAAUGAAUCUACUCAAGAUGAGUUGCAACGAUUUUUGAAGUCGACAAUUACUGAAGUUGAAAUGUUAAAAGAUUAUCCAACAAUUAAGAAGUUCUUCAUUGAGUAUAAUACUGCACUACCGAGUAGCGCAUCCGUUGAACGACUAUUCAGUAUAAGUGGCUUAAUUCUAAUGCCACAAAGGAGUCGUCUAGACGAUAAUACUGUAGAACAGCAACUUUUAUUAAAGAUAAACAAAGAGUACUUUUAAUUUAAGAAGUCUUGCGAAAUAUUUUGUUAAUAACUCUUGUAGAAAAGUACUACUGCGCAAUAGUAUUUUA